AUGAAGUUCAAACUGCUCACGCUAAACGUGUGGUAAGUAAAUUAAUAAAGUUGAUUGUUACUGUUUAGGUUGUUGCCAUACCCAUAUCCGUUGGGCAGUAAAGAUAGGAAAUACCGGCUAGAGAAGCUCUGCGAAGAGCUGAAGGAUUCAGACUAUGACGUGAUCUGCCUUCAAGAGGUAAUUUUUAUUAACCUUUAGAGCUUUCUGAGUUUUAGCUUUGGAAUGAGAAAGACUUUCUCUAUCUUCACUCUGAGUUGUUGCGCCGGUAUCGACAUGGUCAUUACUUCCACAGGUAUGUUUUAUUUUUAUAUUUUUUAUCUUGCUUUUAGGUCCGGCUUUGAUCUACUUUAUUAUUUCUGUCUAGUCUCAUAUAAUCCUUUUGUUUUUCAGUGGAUUCACUGGAAGUGGAGUUGGAGUUCUGAGUGCUCACAAGAUCAAAGGAACGCUUAUUCAUCGUUAUACCUUAAACGGUUUUGCCCAUCAUGUUCAUCGGGGAGAUUGGUUUGGAGGAAAGAUCGUUGGUAUGGUAGAAUUGGACUGGCAUGGGAAGGAUAUUGCUGUCUACACAACUCAUGUAAGAGGAAAAGCACAAUGAAGACAUUUGAAAUCGCAUUUAAGCGUUUUUAAUAUUGUAUUAUACAUGACCAAAUUUCAGUUACACGCCGAAUAUAACCGAGAAAACGAUUUGUAUCUUCCUCAUCGAAUUGCCCAGUGUUUUGAGCUUGCCCAAUUUGUUCGAUACACGAGUAGAGCCGCAGAUAUGAUCCUCUUAGCCGGUGAUUUCAAUAUUGAACCAGAUGAUUUGGGAUAUUUGAUUAUUCGAUAUGUCGGGAACUUGUAUGACGCUUGGGUGAACCGCUCCAAUAUGGAUGACAGAGACGGGAUGACUUGCGAACGUCCGGAUAACAUUUACACCCCGGAUUAUAUGAGAAAACUGUGUCCGGAAGGGAAAAGAUUAGAUUAUAUUAUGUAUCAAAGUGGAAAGUGUAAGAUUCUUAGCUGUUAUCAAUAUAAUUAUUACUUUUAGCUUGUGUAAGGGUUGAAGAUUGUAGAACAUGCUUUAAUCAGAUUGUGGAACCAAAGCCGGGCAAUUUUUCGGAUCAUGUUGGAGUAACGGCAACUUUUAGUUUGAGUGGUGGUAAGUAGUUUAUAUUAUUGUCCAUUGGUCUUUAGAAGAUUCCACAUCAGUCGAAGGAGAAUGUCUUCCGAAAGUUCCAUUAUCAAACGCGUUUUUGGAGAGAUCGUUGGCGAUUGUUGAAGAAGGCGAAGUCAGGGUUCUCUGGGACAGAAGACUCUUUAUGGCCAUGUGCAUCAUCGCGCUGUCUCUAAUUAUUUUGACCAUCAACCUUGAAAACGUCUUCCCCUCACUGAUUGUGGCGGUAAGAAAAUUCAACGUCCUUUUUCCAUCUUUUAUGUUUUUAUAAUAUUUUUCUGACGGGAAUUUUUGCAGGUUGAGAUAUCCCGAUUCAUCCUGACCCUCUUCAUAGGUUUCUGUUUAUGGCAUGGGAUUGUUGGCCUGACAAUGGAACGAAAAGCACUGCGUGAGACUAAGCAUACCAUCAGAAACAUGCUCAACAUCGAUUCCGACUUGUCAUGA